CGACCCCACCGAGGGUGUGGAUAAGCAUUCGCCCAGACCUGAUUCCGGGCCCCACUUCACCGGGAUCGAAGUCGUUGUCGCAUGUCCUCCGGAGUAUUCCUGUCUGUACUGCAAGGGGCCCUGAACUUCCUUCGUUCUGUCCCAUCCCGCGACCCAAUCCCAGACUAGUUUUUACAAACAAUACUACUAAGCGAUUGAACUGUUGCCUGCGGUUCAAUUAGCCGAAAUGGCAGCCGUCGAAUGAAACAAGCUUCCCUGACCUCGUGGUUCUACACGCUCAAUUAUCUAACUACCUUGGUGGAUACAACUCCUCAGUAGCGCAAUAUACUGCUAGAAGUACUAGGGACAAUCUCUUGACAAGAAGAGACCACAUAGAUGUCAAAGAUGAAGUCCUUCAUUGCAAGUUUAUUCGCGGCCUCUUUGGCCUAUGCCCAGACGGCCACGCAGAGUGAGCCUUCCCUAUCAGACAUUGAAAAGGCUGCGGCUACCACCGAGCCCUACUCUCCUGUAUCCAAUGUGACUGGCCUGGCCUUUGACAGAUUCUUCCAAGUUUGGUUGGAAAACAUUGACUACUCGGAUGCGUCUGCCGAUGAGAACUACCAAUGGCUGGCCAAGCAAGGAAUCACUCUCACCAAUUUCUUUGCAGUUACCCAUCCCUCUGAGCCCAACUACUGCGCUUCCGCCGGAGGUGACACGUUUGGCAUGGACAAUGAUAAUUUCAACCAGAUCCCGGCUAACGUCUCGACCAUCGCCGACUUGUUCGACACUAAGCACAUUUCCUGGGGUGAGUACCAGGAACAUUUGCCUUACCCUGGCUUCCAGGGAUACAACUACUCCAACCAGGAGACUUAUGCCAAUGAUUACGUGCGAAAGCACAACCCGUUGGUGCUCUUUGACUCGGUCACCAAGAACAGCACGCGUUUGCGUCAAAUCAAAAACUUCACCAACUUUGAGGACGACCUAACCGAUAAGAAGCUUCCUCAGUACGCUUUCAUUACCCCCAACAUGACCAACGAUGCGCACGAUACCAACAUCACUUUUGCCGCUAAGUGGGAACGUACCUGGGUCUCCCAGUUGCUCGACAACUCCUAUUUUAUGGAAAACACUCUGCUUCUUCUCACUUUUGACGAAGACAAGACCUACCCCAAGGGAAACAAGAUCAUGAGCAUUCUCUUGGGUGGAGCCAUCCCUGGCCACCUUAAGGGCACCACUGAUGAUACGUUUUAUACUCACUAUUCGAUCAUCGCUUCCAUGUCAGCCAACUGGGGUCUGCCAUCCCUUGGCCGAUGGGAUUGUGGUGCCAAUAUCCUUGAGAUUGUGGCCAACAAGACUGGCUAUGUCAACUAUGAUGUUGACACGACAAACCUUCGUCUCAACGAGACAUACCCCGGACCUAUGUCCUCUGGCGAGUACUCCAAGUUCUCGCCUGUGUGGCCCAACGCCUUGACUAGCGGAAACUGCUCGGCUGGUCAUGGAAUUCUGGACAUUGUCAAGGAGACCUAUAAGGGAACUACUGCGACUUACAACUACACGAGCCCCUUCCCCUACGAUUCUAAGAGCGGUUACAACGUCAAGGUCACCGCAACCAAGAAGGGUGCGAGCAACAGUGGAUCUUCUUCCUCAUCGACCCCUACGCCCAACGUUGCUAUUCCCUUCGGUACGCCCGCUGUUGGAUCUAUUUCCGGCCGUGUUUGAAAGUUUUAUAUUAUAGAAAAAGCAGAUUUAUA